UUUCUGCGCAAGAUGAAUGCGUGUCUCCCUACUCUGAGAUGUUGAAGGUGUACUGCUGCUUAUGACAAAUCCAAGAGAAGAAGCUUUGUAAAAUGGCUCAAACCAGCUUGCUGCAGGGAAAGCAGUUUUACUGUAGGGAAUGGGUUUUCCACAAGCUUCAGCACUGCCUCCAGGAGAAAGCUAACUGCAGCAGUAGUGCUGCCAACAAACCAUCUCUUGUAGUGAAUUCUGGCAAUAAUACUGGUGCUGUCUCUGGGAAAGGAGCUGCCUGGGGUGUAUUGUUGGUAGGAGGGCCCGGUAGUGGGAAGACGGCCCUCUGUACUGAGCUACUGUGGCCAAGCUCACCUGCAAACCUACAAAGAGGCUUACAUCGUCAGGCUCUAGCCUUCCAUUUCUGCAGGGCCCAAGACUCUGACACCCUCUGUGUUGGAGGGUUUAUUAGAGGUUUAGUUACACAAAUCUGCCGCAGUGGACUGAUCCAGGGAUAUGAGGACAAACUAAGAGAUCCUGCUAUUCAAAGUCUCUUGCAACCCGGGGAAUGUGAGAGGAACCCUGCUGAAGCAUUUAAAAGGUGCAUUCUGCUGCCUCUCUUGGGAAUGAAGCCGCCUCAGCAGAGCCUCUUCCUGCUCGUAGAUUCGGUUGACGAGGGCUGUAACGUUUCCGAGGGUGAACAGACUUCUACAAGUUUAUCCGGAACAAUAGCGGAGCUUUUAGCUGGCCACUUUGAGUUCUUCCCUCCCUGGCUGCUCCUCCUGUGUUCUGCCCGCAAGCAGAGUAAAGCUGUUACAAAAAUGUUUACAGGUUUUCGAAAAAUAAGUCUGGAUGAUCUACGAAAGGCUUAUAUUGUGAAAGAUGUGCAACAAUAUAUUCUGCAUCGUUUAGACCAAGAAGAAGCACUGAGACAACAUCUCACAAAAGAAACUGCAGAAAUGCUGAAUCAGCUUCACAUCAAAAGCAGCGGUUGCUUUUUGUAUCUGGAACGUGUCCUAGAUGGAGUCGUGGAGAAUUUUAUUAUGUUACGAGAGAUCCGUGAUAUUCCGGGAACGUUAAAUGGUCUAUACCUUUGGCUCUGUCAGAGACUUUUUGUGAGAAAACAAUUUGCGAAAGUCCAGCCUAUUCUUAAUGUAAUUCUUGCAGCCUGUAGGCCAUUAACUACAACAGAAUUGUAUCAUGCGGUGUGGACCAAAAAUAUGACGUUGACGAUGGAAGACUUUCAACGCAAAUUGGACGUCCUGUCAAAAGUCCUUAUUGAUGGACUUGGAAAUACAAAAAUCUUGUUUCAUUACAGUUUUGCAGAAUGGUUGCUAGAUGUAAAGCACUGUACACAGAAAUACUUGUGUAACGCGGCAGAGGGACACAGAAUGCUGGCAAUGAGUUACACUUGCCGAGCAAAGGAUUUAGCGCCAUUAGAAGCUCAAGAGUUUGCAUUGCAUCUAAUUCAUUCAAAUUUGCAGUUGGAGACUUCAGAGCUGGCUUUAUGGAUGAUAUGGAACGGCACACCUGUCAAAGACUCCCUGUCAACCUUAAUUCCUAAAGAACAAGAAGUAUUACAGCUGCUGGUAAAAGCUGGUGCUCACGUCAACAGUGAAGAUGACCGCACGUCUUGCAUUGUUCGGCAGGCUCUGGAGAGAGAAGAUUCCAUUCGCACCUUGUUAGACAACGGAGCAUCAGUAAACCAGUGCGAUUCCAAUGGGAGAACACUCUUGGCCAAUGCAGCAUACAGCGGGAAUCUGGAUGUCGUUAACUUACUGGUUUCAAGGGGAGCAGAUUUAGAGAUAGAAGAUACUCAUGGGCAAACAGCACUUACCUUAGCUGCUCGGCAGGGACAUACCAAGGUUGUCAAUUGCUUGAUUGGAUGUGGGGCUAAUGUUAAUCACACCGAUCAUGACGGCUGGACGGCAUUGCGAUCUGCAGCGUGGGGUGGGCACACAGAGGUGGUUUCUGCACUCCUUUAUGCUGGAGUCAAAGUGGACUGUGCAGAUGCAGAUAGUCGAACGGCGCUGAGAGCAGCAGCUUGGGGAGGACAUGAAGAUAUCGUGCUGAAUCUGCUUCAACAUGGUGCUGAAGUUAAUAAAGCUGAUAACGAGGGCAGAACAGCUUUGAUUGCAGCCGCGUACAUGGGGCAUAAAGAGAUUGUGGAGCACCUGCUGGAUCACGGUGCAGAGGUAAACCACGAGGAUGUGGAUGGAAGGACUGCGCUGUCUGUCGCUGCGCUUUGUGUACCAGCCAGUAAGGGACAUGCCUCAGUGGUUAGUCUUCUAAUUGACCGUGGUGCUGAAGUUGACCAUUGCGAUAAAGACGGCAUGACUCCACUGCUGGUAGCUGCUUAUGAGGGACACGUAGAUGUUGUUGAUCUGCUUCUAGAAGGAGGAGCUGAUGUUGAUCACACAGACAACAACGGUCGUACGCCACUUCUGGCAGCAGCCUCCAUGGGCCACGCUUCAGUUGUAAAUACUCUCUUGUUUUGGGGUGCAGCUGUUGAUAGCAUUGAUAGUGAAGGGAGAACAGUUCUGAGCAUAGCCUCUGCACAAGGCAAUGUCGAAGUAGUACGGACUCUGCUGGACAGGGGGCUAGAUGAAAAUCAUAGAGAUGAUGCGGGCUGGACACCUUUGCAUAUGGCAGCUUUUGAAGGUCACAGGUUGAUAUGUGAAGCUCUUAUAGAACAAGGUGCUAGAACAAAUGAAAUUGAUAACGAUGGACGUAUACCUUUCAUAUUAGCUGCACAAGAAGGUCACUAUGAUUGUGUGCAGAUAUUACUGGAAAAUAAAUCCAACAUUGAUCAGAGAGGCUAUGAUGGGAGAAAUGCUCUCCGGGUUGCUGCUUUGGAAGGUCACAGAGAUAUAGUUGAACUACUGCUCAGCAAUGGAGCAGAUGUAAACUACAAAGAUGCUGAUGGCCGGCCAACACUUUAUAUCUUAGCAUUAGAAAACCAGCUUACGAUGGCUGAGUAUUUUUUGGAAAAUGGUGCAAACGUAGAAGCGAGUGAUGCUGAAGGAAGAACGGCACUCCAUGUUUCCUGCUGGCAGGGCCAUUUGGAGAUGGUACAGGUGCUGAUAACAUACCAUGCUGAUGUGAAUGCUGCAGAUAACGAGAAGAGAUCUGCUUUGCAGUCUGCUGCAUGGCAAGGUCACGUGAAGGUAGUGCAGCUUCUCAUUGAGCAUGGAGCUCUGGUUGACCAUACAUGUAAUCAAGGUGCUACUGGACUCUGCAUUGCAGCCCAAGAAGGGCACAUUGACGUUGUCCAGAUACUAUUGGAGCAUGGUGCUGAUCCAAAUCAUGCCGACCAGUUUGGGCGCACUGCUAUGCGUGUUGCAGCUAAAAAUGGACACUCUCAGAUUAUUAAAUUACUGGAAAAAUAUGGUGCAUCUGCUCUGAAUGGUUGCACUCCGUCUCCAGUCCACACAAUGGAGCAAAAACCCUUACAGUCAGUCUCCUCUAAAAUGCAGUCUUUAACAAUGAAGUCCAAUAGUUCAGGGAGUACUGGUGGAGAUAUGCAGCCUAGUAUGCGUGGCUUAUCUAAUGGGCCUGCUCACGCCUUCAGUUCUCCUUCAGAGUCGCCUGAUUCUACGGUUGACCGUCAGAAGUCAUCUUUAUCAAAUAAUUCCCUGAAAAGUUCCAAAAAUUCUUCUCUCCGCACCACGUCGUCGACUGCGACUGCUCAGACAGUGCCCAUCGAUAGUUUCCAUAGCCUGUCGUUCACGGAGCAAAUACAGCAGCAUUCCCUGCCACGCAGCCGAAGUAGGCAGUCUAUUGUUUCUCCUUCUUCCACAACUCAUUCCCUGAGUCAAAAUCAUAAUUCACCAAGUAGUGAAUUCGAAUGGAGCCAAGUAAAGCCUAGUUUGAAAUCAACUAAAGCUAACAAAGGGGGGAAAACGGACAACUCCAGCAAAUCUGGGUCAGCUGGAAAAAAAAUAAAACAGAGUAGUUCCUCCCAACCAAAAGUGUUAGAGUAUGAAAUGACUCAGUUUGAUAAACGAGUACCUAUUGCCAAAUCUGGGACAAGUGUGCCACUUAAAUCAAUGCCGGCAGAGGCACAGUGCAAAAUUUUGGUCCCGCCAGCUCAGCAAGAAGUUGGUCGAUCUCAGCAACAGUUCCUCAUUCACCAACAAAGUGGAGAACAGAAGAAGAGAAAUGGAAUUAUGACGAAUCCAAAUUACCAUCUUCAGAGCAAUCAGGUUUUUCUCGGUAGGGUUUCUGUCCCACGAACAGUGCAGGAUAGAGGGCAUCAGGAAGUACUGGAAGGCUAUCCUCCCGCGGAGACAGAACUCAGCCUUAAGCAAGCCUUAAAACUUCAGAUCGAAGGUAGCGACCCAAGUUUCAACUACAAGAAGGAAACACCAUUAUAAAAGGCCAAUUCCAUGAUGCUAUGAACAGAAGCGCUUCUGCUCCGAAUGAUUUAUCAGCUGGCUGGGAUGAAAGCAUACAAAUGCUUGUUUAGUCCACCUAGAAAUUCAAGAAUGUGAUUACUACAGUACAGUUACCUUAAUUACUGUAACGUGCCUACAUUUUCAGGCUGCCUUCUCAGUAUAACCCUCUGUGCUUCAAAAAUUUAUUUUGUGUACUUUGUAUUUAAUACACAGAACGAGCACUUUUUUAAUUGCAGAAGGAUAUAUGCUGUAUUUCCCUGACAACAGCUGAAAGUGGUAAGAACAAGGAGUUCUGAUUUCCUAUUCCAGAUCGCUUGGUAGAGGUGCAUGUGCCACAGUGAACUGUGUAUGGAAAGGCAGUGCUUUUUGUAUUUAUUUUCCUGUGGCUAAAGAAAAUAAGCAAACAGUAUGUCACAUUUGCAUUGUUGUGAUCUAUGGUCAGUUCUCUGUGUACUUCAAAAAGUUCUCUGCAGAAAUACAAGUCUUGUAACAGUAUUUUAUAA